CUAAGUGAGACGAGGGGACAGAGAUGAGGGGCCUCAGGUUGAGAGACAGAGGACACAGUACCUGGUAUCUGGGAGAGAAGGAAUAGAAGUCUGUGAACAGGUGAGAGAGGGACACUGUCUGCCCCACUGUCCAGCGACACCAUGAGCUGGAGCUUCCUCACGCGGCUGCUGGAGGAGAUCCACAACCACUCCACCUUCGUGGGGAAGCUGUGGCUCACCGUGCUCAUCGUCUUCCGCAUCGUUCUCACUGCUGUCGGGGGGGAGUCCAUCUACUACGACGAACAGAGCAAGUUUGUCUGCAACUCGGGCCAGCCGGGCUGCGAGAAUGUCUGCUACGAUGCCUUUGCACCUCUGUCUCACGUUCGCUUUUGGGUAUUCCAGAUCAUCUUAGUGGCGAUGCCUUCUCUUAUGUACAUGGGCUAUGCUGUCAACAAGAUUGCACGAAUAGAUGAAGCCAAAGGAGGAGGUGGUUCUGUUGCAGUUAGAACAGGAGGAGGCGGCUACACGCACAGGAAGCCCAGGAAAAUCUGCUUUGGAGCACGGCAGCACCGGGGCAUUGAGGAAACUGAAGAGGACCAAGAGGAUGAUCCCAUGAUCUAUGAGGUGCCAGAAAUUGAGCCCCCAAAAAGGCCGCGGGAUCCACUGCAACCCACACCAAGACCCAAAAUCCGGCAUGAUGGCCGCAAACGUAUAAGAGAUGAGGGGCUGAUGCGGGUCUAUGUUUUGCAACUGGUGACUCGUACACUGCUAGAAGCAGGCUUCCUUGCAGGUCAAUAUUUGCUCUAUGGGUUUCGUGUGAUGCCCGUGUUUGUGUGCUCGGGGAAACCAUGUCCCCACAGCGUUGACUGCUUUGUGUCGCGGCCCACAGAGAAGACCAUCUUCCUGCGCAUAAUGUAUGGUGUCACUGUCCUUUGCCUAACGCUCAACGUUUGGGAGAUGCUCCAUCUGGGGAUCGGCACCAUUUGUGACAUUCUUCGCCGUCGGCGCUGCCCACCUCAGGAGGAUGAGUACCAGUUGGGAUUGCUGGGCACCAAUGGGGGUGUGGAGGGUUCAGUAGGGGGGACGGGGCCUGAGGCAGGCUCUGAGGGAGGGGUGGGUGGAGAUGGGGCUGCAGACUACGUCGGUUACCCUUUCUCAUGGAACACUCCAUCAGCUCCACCUGGCUACAACAUUGUGGUUAAGCCAGAGCAGAUGCCGUACACGGACCUUAGCAACGCUAAAAUGGCAUGCAAGCAGAACAGGGCAAACAUCGCCCAAGAGGAGCAGCAGCAAUUUGGUAGCAAUGAGGAUAACUUUCCCACCGGAGGGGAGGCUCGUGUAGCUUUGAACAAAGACAUGAUCCAGCAAGCUCAUGAGCAACUGGAGGCGGCCAUCCAGGCCUACAGUCAGCAGCACCGGGCAGAGGAGCAGCUUGGGGACAACCAGGACGACAAGCCCCAAAGUAACAUCAUCCAGGCCCAACCUCAGCCACAGCCUCAGCCUCAGAAAGAGCGCAAGCAUAGAUUCAAACACGGGAAAGGAGGCAGCAGCGGAGGAGGCAGUAGUAGCAACAGCAGCAGCAGUAAAUCAGGAGAGGGUAAGCCCUCUGUAUGGAUUUAACCCCAGAAAUACUGACAUGUAUUGAAACCAUGUAUAUAUUACAGACUGGAUGACAAGUUGCGUGCAAUCUUCCUUGGAUAUUUAAACACCACUGUGCCUUAAAUAAUCCUGCAAGCUGGAGUGUGUUUGUGUACUAAGGUGUGUAAAAACCGACGUGAUAAUGCAGCUGACAAUUUGUUUUGUCUGGGCUUUCACUGUUUAACUUGAAACAUCGCAGCAACACAAACUGUAGGCUACAGUCUGUCGUUUACAUGUCUCGUUCUCCUCAAGUCCUGAAGCAGAUUAUUGACCUCUGUUGUCUUCUCGCUCAUCCUUUCUUAGGGAUUUGAACUUUGGAAAAUUACUGAAAGAUAAUGAGUUCCGUUGCAAAUCAGAUUAAUCCGAGAUUUGGCUUAACUCAUUUUCUGGCCGCUCCUCUGCAAAGACAACGUCUCCAUUAAUACAUUAAUGGCAUCGCAAUUCUUUGGACAUCAAAAUGAAGUACCAUCAUGAUUCAAAAGCAAAGGGAUACCAUGACGUCAGUAUGUUCCGGCUAAGCUAAAGCUAUGAAUACAAACUGUGAUGGCAUUAUCAAGGUACGUCAUAACAAUGUAAAUGCAACAAAAUGAAACAUAAUUCAGUGACAGCGCCUGAAGCAGUGACUUUAUAAUGCAGUGAGAAAAUCACCUUCCUGAAGGAUGUGUCCUGUCAGUCAUGGGUUGUGUCUGCUUUCUCUCCUGUGUAGAGUUUCCAGUGUUAUGUUGCUGUGACUUGGCAUUUGACAGUGUGUUUGUAGCUUCCUGUGUUUUUGUUGUUUUUUUAUAACUGUGAUACACCAGAUGCUUCUCAGAAACUGAUGAGUACAGCAAGUGACUUUUUUAUCCUGUGUGUAUCUGAAAUUUCCUGAGAAAAAAAGUGUUCUUUUUAACAAGGUGCAUAAGCAAUCCAGUUUUUAUACCUUACUCGUCAACUUCUCAGUUUCUUUCUCUGGCUCUUCAUGGCUGUUUAACAAGGUUGCUCAGCACUACACUGUUGUCUCAUUUGCCUUGUAGUUGACUGCCCCCUGGUGGUAUCUCCUUAGGUAAUGGGGCAUCCUUUAUUGGGGAUAGAUACCAGAUGCAAAUGCUUCCUGCAUCCAACAACUUAACCAGCCGUGGCGUUUUCUUUUCUAUUGACAAGCCUCGUGUCAGUUAAGUCUUCUCAGCUCUACGAGUUCAGUGGUAGAUGUACAAGGCUGCAAUAUCACCACCUUGUAAUGAAAAAUGUUAAAAGCCAUUACUAUAAUAUCCUGAGACCAAACACUGUUUGUGUGAUGCAAGUGUCAGUGCCAAGAUUUUAUGCCUGGUUGUUUGUAGCUUUGGGAUACUGUGGCCAUGCUACUCCAAUUGUGGAAAAACACCCAUGUGAGAUCAACCCUUUUGUAGAAGUCACUUGUUUUUUGUAUUACAGUAAGUGUUUUGCUUUUUGGUACAGUAUUUAAAAUGGCAAACUCCCAAAUGGAGUUGAUUUUUAUGUUUGAGCCAGUGUUUUAUAUGAAAACACAAUUUGACUUUUUUCAACAACAUUUUAUGUAAAAUAAAG